AUACUUGCAAAGAAGGAGUUUUUGGAAAUUCAUGGGCAAUUCAAGGGUGUGCAACAAAUGAUGAUAAUUAUAACCCAGGUAUAAAAUUCCUUCCUUUAAUCCUUAGGACUUUUUUUUUUUUAGUUUCUAUCGUAUAUUAGUUUAGUGUAUAAAUUUCAAAUUUGUUUAACCUAUGUAGUUAAAUGGUGGAUGACUUAUGGAAAUCAAACACCAAACUUGCAACGAAUGGCGAGAAGGAUCCUCUCGUUAACUAGUAGUUCAUCCGGUUGUGAAAGAAAUUGGAGUACUUUUGAAGGGAUACAUACGAAGAAAAGAAAUAGACUAGAUGUUAAUCGAUUGAACAAUCUAGUCUUUGUCCAAUUUAAUGCAAAACUGAUGAACAAGCAAAAAAGGGAGAAGGAGAGGAAUGUUGAUGUGCUACUUGCUAGUGAUGCUAGUAAUGCACAAGGAUGGAUCGUUAAUGGAGAAGAUGAUGAAGAAAUUGAGCCUGGUAUGGGGCUCACUUGGGAAAUGGUUGGUGAAGCUUCUGGAGCAGACAACAUGCUUCAACCUCGAAGAAGUUCUAGGAUGAGAGAACUUCAUGAAGAUGAUUUUCAAUCAGAAGAAGAAGAUAAACAAGAGCAUCAUGAAUUUGAUUUUGAGUCUAAUGAAGAUCGUGUGCUAGAAGAAUAUGGAGAGGAAGAAGAAGAAAUCCACUAAGAUAACUAGAUAUUACUUAGAUUCUUCAUAUAUGAUUUAAUGUUUAUGUU